CAAAUAUCUACCUCCUUAUCCAAACAAACCUCUUAUCUCUGGUUUCCCCAAAUGGAGAAAGAGCAACAAUGAACUCUGCUACUCUUUCACAACCUCAACCUCAACGUCACUUCUCACCAACAUCUAAACCAUACCCACUUCCUCACACUCUCACACUUCACCACUCUUAUUCUUUCAAACUCACCACCAAAACCACGCGCUCCUUUCUCGUCAACCACACCAACCCUUCAGACCUGUCACUCACCACCACGACCACAACCACAACCACAUUCACAACCGAACCACGCGACCAGGAACUGUUAUUACUCUUACGUCAGAGGAAAACAGAGGAAGCAUGGCUUGUUUACACUAAAUGCACCCACAUUCCUAACGCCACUUGCCUGAGUCGUUUGGUGUCUCAAUUGUCCUUCCAGAACACGCUCUCCGCUCUCACGCGCGCCCAAUCCAUCAUCACGCGCCUCCGCCAUGAAAGCCAGCUCCAUCGCCUUGACGCCAAUUGCCUCGGCCUCCUCGCCGUCGCUGCUGCUAAGGCCGGCCAUACCCUCUACGCCGCCUCCGUUGUUAAGUCCAUGCUCCGUUCCGGCUAUCUCCCCCACGUCAAGGCCUGGAGCGCCGUCGUCAGCCGCCUCGCCUCUUCCGGCGACGACGGUCCCGCCGAGGCCCUCAAGAUUUUCAAGGCCGUCACGCGCCGCGUUAGGAAGUUCUCCGACCCCGACAUGGUGGCGGAGUCGCGGCCUGACACGGUGGCUGUGAACGCUGCGCUCAACGCGUGCGCCAUUUUGGGUGAUAGUAAGAAGUUCUUGCAAGUGUUUGAUGAAAUGCCCCAGUUAGGUGUUGUGCCCGAUGCGUUGAGUUAUAACAUAAUGAUGAAGCUGUGUUGUAGAGUUGAUAGGAAAGACUUGCUUGUGUUUGUGUUGGAGAGGAUUCUUCAGUUGGGGAUUCCUCUGUGUAUGACUACUUUGACUUCCCUGGUUUCUGCUUAUGUUGAUUUUGGUGAUUUGGGGUCAGCUGAGAAAAUUGUUCAAGCCAUGAGAGAUCAAAGGAGAGAUCUUUGCAAGAUACUAAGGGAUUCCAAUUCAGAAUAUUUGGGUGGUGGAAGUGAUGAUUCUGUUUUUCAGAAAUUGCUUCCAAAUUUGAUGAAUCAAAGUGGCAGCAUUGAGCCACCCUUGUUGACACAAGCAUAUGCUCCAAACACUAGACUUUACACUACUCUAAUGAAAGGUUAUAUGAAGGCAGGGCGUGUCACUGACACAGUGAGGAUGCUUGAGGCAAUGCGUCAUCAGGAUGAUAGUGGAAGUCACCCUGACCAUGUGUCCUACACCACUGUGGUUUCAGCACUUGUGAAGGUGGGUUCAAUGGACCGGGCUCGUCAAGUUCUUGCUGAAAUGACAAGAAUUGGUGUGCCUGCUAAUAGGAUAACCUACAAUAUUCUUCUUAAGGGUUACUGCAAAAAGUUACAGAUAGACAUGGCAAGAGAGUUGCUUAAGGAGAUGGCUGAUGAUGCAGGGAUUCAACCUGAUGCGGUGUCCUAUAAUAUACUGAUUGAUGGAUGUAUAUUGAUUGAUGACAGUUCUGGUGCUCUUGCCUUCUUUAAUGAGAUGAGGGCAAGAGGAAUAGCUCCAACCAAGAUUAGUUACACAACUUUGAUGAAAGCUUUUGCACUAUCAGGUCAACCAAAGCUUGCUCGCAAGGUCUUUGAUGAGAUGGUCAAUGAUCCUCGAGUGAAGGUGGAUUUAAUCGCCUGGAACAUGUUGGUUGAAGGAUAUUGUAAGAUGGGGAUGCUUGAAGAAGCUAAGAAAGUGAUUCAAAUGAUGAAGGAGAAAGGAUUUUACCCUGAUGUGAGUACUUAUGGCAGCUUAGCCAAUGCAAUUGCAUUAGCAAGAAAACCAGGAGAGGCACUUCUACUUUGGAAUGAAGUGAAGGAGAGGUGGGAGUUGGGAAAGGAGAGGGACAAAUGUGAUUCUUCUGUUCCACCAUUGAAACCAGAUGAAGGGCUUUUGGAUGCUCUGGCUGAUAUUUGUGUGAGGGCUGCUUUCUUUAGAAAGGCCUUGGAAAUUGUGGCAUGCAUGGAAGAGAAUGGGAUAUCUCCCAACAAGACCAAGUUUACUAGAAUCUAUGUGGAAAUGCAUUCAAGAAUGUUUACUAGUAAGCAUGCUUCACAGGCUAGAAGAGACAGAAGAAUAGAGAGGAAAAGAGCAGCUGAGGCUUUCAAGUUUUGGUUGGGUUUGCCUAAUUCUUAUUAUGGAAGUGAGUGGCGGUUAGAACCUAUUGAUGGGUAUGACACUACCUCUGAUUCGGUUUAAUUGUUUGCCCCUACUCCAUUAUGAAACUGAGGGGAGGGGACACAUAUACACUUUAAAGUAGAAAACAAUGUAACUAAAAAAAAUGGCGAUUUUGC